AUGGAGAUUGAAAAACCGGAAUCAACUAUUGACGAGGGACUUUACUCUCGACAACUUUAUGUGCUUGGUCAUGAUGCCAUGAAAAAAAUGGGUACUUCAAACAUUCUUAUUGUAGGCUUAAAAGGUCUUGCCAAGAAUGUUGUUCUUGCUGGUGUCAAAAGUGUAACUCUUUACGAUCCUGAACCAGUAAAACUUUCAGAUUUAUCAACACAGUUUUUCCUAAGAGAGGAAGACAUUGGAAAACCAAGAGCUAUUGUGUCCGCCUCAAGGUUAGCUGAACUUAAUCAUUAUGUGCCUGUAUCUGUUCUUGAUGGUGAAUUGACAAACGAUAAGAUAAAAAAUUUUCAAGUCGUUGUAUUAACAGAAACUCCUUUGAAAAAACAAUUGGAGAUUAAUGAUUUUACUCAUGCAAAUGGAAUAAGUUUCAUAUCAACUGAUAUCCGUGAUCCACUUGGCGGAAUGAUUGCUGCAGUCUCCAAAGAAUCAGAUAGUGUUGUAGCAUGCCUUGAUGAAUCACGUCAUGGUUUAGAGGAUGGUGAUUAUGUAACUUUUACAGAAAUAAAAGGGAUGGAAGAAUUAAAUAAUUGUGAACCAAGAAAAAUAAAAGUUCUUGGUCCGUAUACAUUUAGUAUUGGGGACACUUCAAGUUUUGGGGACUAUAUAAGUGGAGGUCUUUUUACUCAAGUUAAAAUGCCUAAAACAAUCCACUUUGUAAGAUCAUUAAAUUAUUAUCAUAAUCAUAAUUUUUUAAAGUUCCUUAUUUCUGAUUUUGGAAAAUGGGAUCGGCCAGAGCAAUUACAUAUAGGUUUCCAGGCAUUAAAUGAAUUUGCAGAAAAAAACAAGGGUCUUCCACGUCCACAUAACGAAGCUGAUGCAGAAGAAAUUAUAUGCUUAUCUAAAGAAAUUAAUGAGCAAUCUGAAGAAAAGAUUGAGAUUAAUGAAAAACUUUUAAAACAAUUGUCAUACGGAGCUCGUGGUGACUUAUCUCCAAUGGUUGCAUUUUUUGGUGGUUUAGUAGCUCAGGAAGUAUUGAAAGCAUGUAGUGGUAAAUUUUGUCCGAUUUUUCAAUAUAUGUAUUAUGAUUCUUUGGAAUCUUUGCCAAACGAUGUUGUCCUCAAUGAAGAGAGUUGUGCUCCACGUGAUUCUCGUUAUGAUGGUCAAAUUGCAGUUUUUGGAAAUGAAUUUCAAGAAAAAAUUGCCAAUUUUAGAGAAUUUUUGGUCGGAUCUGGUGCUAUUGGGUGUGAAAUGUUAAAAAAUUGGGCCAUGAUGGGUUUAGGUACCGGACAUAGAGGUGUAAUUCAUAUCACUGAUAUGGAUACAAUUGAAAAAAGUAAUUUAAAUAGGCAAUUUUUAUUUAGACCUGGAGAUGUAGGGAAAUUAAAAUCUGAAACAGCAGCAGCGGCUAUUUCUAAGAUGAAUCCUCAUACAAGAAACAAAGUUAUAGUUUAUCAAGACCGUGUUGGUGCCGAGACAGAAAAUGUUUUCAAUGAUGAUUUCUUUGAAAAUUUAGAUGGUGUUACAAAUGCUCUGGACAAUGUUGAUGCACGAAGAUAUGUGGAUAGAAGGUGUGUGUAUUACAGAAAACCUUUAUUAGAAUCUGGAACUUUGGGUACAAAAGGCAACACGCAAGUUGUGAUUCCUUACUUAACAGAAUCCUAUUCAUCAUCACAAGAUCCUCCUGAAAAAUCUAUUCCAAGCUGUACACUAAAAAAUUUCCCUAAUGCUAUUGAACACACCAUUCAAUGGGCCCGUGAUCUUUUCGAGGGAUUAUUUAAAUCUCCAGCAGAAAAUGUUAAUUUAUAUUUAAGCCAACAAAAUUAUAUUGAUUCUGUCUUAAAACAAGGCGGAAAUUCCAAAGAAGUUAUAGAGAUAAUUAAAAAUUUUUUAGUUACAUCUAAGCCAUUAAGUUUUGAUAAUUGUAUUGUAUGGGGCAGAUUGAAGUUCGAAGAAUAUUUUAAUAAUAAUAUUCAACAAUUGCUUUUUAAUUUUCCAAAAGAUUCUCUUACAUCAUCGGGCACAAACUUUUGGUCAGCAGCAGCAAAUUUACACGCAUUUAAUUAUGGUUUAAAAGGGGAAAUUGAUCGUGAAUAUAUAAAAAGUGUUUUAAAUAAUGUAAUUGUACCUGAAUUUACACCAAGAGCUGGUGUAAAGAUUCAAGUUCAAGAAAAUGAGACAAUUCAACAAGCAAGUAUUGAUGAACAAGAAUUAGAAGAACUGAUUUCAAGUUUACCACAGCCAUCGUCACUAGCAGGAUAUCGAUUGAAUCCAGUGGAAUUCGAGAAAGAUGACGACUCAAAUUUUCAUAUUGACUUUAUUACAGCAACUUCGAAUUUGCGAGCAACAAAUUAUAGUAUUCAACCUGCUGAUCGUCAUAAAACAAAAUUCAUAGCUGGUAAAAUCAUUCCGGCAAUUGCUACAACAACUUCUUUGAUAACAGGUUUGGUUUGUUUAGAACUGUACAAGAUAAUUGCAGGAAAAAAUAAACUUGAAGAUUAUAAAAAUGGUUUUGUUAAUUUGGCAUUACCAUUCAUCGGAUUUUCUGAACCUAUUGCUAUGCCGAAAUUCAAGUAUCAUGAUGUUGAAUGGAGCAUAUGGGAUCGGUUUGAAGUUGAUGGAGAUCUUACUCUUCAAGAAUUUUUGGAUCAUUUCAAAAAUCAACAUGAGCUUGAUGUUACCAUGUUAUCUUGCGGUGUUAGCAUGUUAUAUUCUUUCUUUUUAAUGGGAAAAAAAAGAGAAGAACGUCUAAGAAUGAGAAUAUCAAAAUUGAUUGAAACAAUUUCCAAGAAACCAGUUCCACCACAUGUCAGAGCACUUGUUCUAGAAAUGUGUGUCAAUGAUCGUAAUGAAGAAGAU